AUGGUCAGCUGCGUUGUGCCUGACAGCCACAAUUACUCAGAAAAGACGGGAGAAGCCGUAAGUUACCACAAGUUCCCGCAAGACCAUAGAACGAAGGCAUGGCUCGACCGAGUAAGGCGUGUAGAUAUGCCACCCCUGGAAAACAGCUAUGUUUGCAGCGAACACUUCUUGCCCAGCUGUUUUGAGAUCGAUUUCCGUCCACAACUAAUGGGCGAAAAGGUUCGAAAACAUUUAAGGGAUGACGCUAUACCGUCUCUGUUUAAAUAUGGUCCGGAACCCAAAAAAGCGCGAUUGUCAUCUGAAAGUCGCCUUCAGAAACAAAACCAUAAACAGGUUAGUACUGUCACUCAUGCAAAUUUUUAUCAUCCUGUUUUAUUUUGCAAAAAUCUUGUCUUGUUCGAUUUGCCUGCUUGGCGGACGCUACGAGAUUGCAGUCCAGUUCGAAUUAGAUGACCUCUGAGAGUUCACGCUCCUGUUUUUCCUCUAGCAUAUCCAGAACUCAGUGAGAAACUGACAAGUUCGGUAUAAAACACUAUAAGGCAGAAUUAAUUCAACGGCAUUUGCAAGUAAAAAGAGAGUUUGUACACCUAAACCAGAGUGAAAUAGGUUUAAAUUUUAGGACUCCAAUCCUAUCAAGCUGCUAAAGCUAAGCUUGUAAAAAAAUUCAAAACUUGUAUGACCUUAUGGGAAAUUUAAUGUCACCUCACAUCAAGAGACUUUUAUCCAGUCGACUGUGCCACGUAGCAGAUACAACGUGUACUAAAAAUCGCCGCCUGUUACAGAUGUUAAUAAGAACUGUUUUUUUCUCUCAUUUUCCCUAGUGCUUACCUCAAGUUAGGUCCUUCAAUUCACCCUCGCCCUCAGUUUUGUAUGUCGAGUCUGUAAUUUCACUUUCAUUAUUUCGACAUGACGAUAAAAACAGACAAUUGAACAUUCCAAAAAUAUUUGUAGAAAAUACUGUUAAGUAUUGACCUUUAUCCCAUCAGGCUGUGGCAGAACUUUUAGCUGCUGACUUCCCAGACUGUGACGAUGAGUCAAGCUCUUCUUCAGAGGAUGUCUUGGAAGACUCUUCAGAUCAACACCAGUUUGAUAAUAAUGAAGAAACAGGCUCCUCAGAACCAAGAGUGCAUGACAUUGGCAUUCAGUGUUGCUGUCAGCCUGUUACCUUAAGAAGUGUAGCAGUUCAAACUGAGGAUUCCAAACAAAAAAAGGGAAAAGCUAAUGUUACCCCCACCCCUAUACAAAACGAGCCCUACAUGUAUGUCCCACCAUAUGUAGAUGCUGUACAAUGGAAGGUUUUGAACGAUCACACUUAUUCUUUGCCAGCAUGUCCCAGUUCAGUGUUUCCUCCUUAUGAUGAUAACUUUUUUAGCACCACCCCUUUCACUCGAUUGCACAAAGAAGACCCAAGGCUGGAAAAUGAUGAUGACAACGUUGAUGGUCAUGUCAGUGACACAGAUGAUGAAGUUGAUGAUGAGGACCUAGAUCCCCACUGGAAAUUCCCCCUAAAGGAAAACACUAUGGCGAUGCUGAUGAAGAUGACGAUGAUGAUGAUGAUGAAGAAGAAUCAGAAAUUGAGUACCCUGAAAAUCCCGGCAAUGAAAAAAAAUUUGUAGUCUUUAAUUCAAAUCUAAAUAAUUUAUUUAAAAGAUACCAGGCAUGCGGUGAUGUUGUCAUUGAACAGAAGAGAAAAACUGUUGGGAGCAUGUUAUCUGUAGAGCUCGAGUGCCAGAGUGGGUGUAAAAUGACAUGGGAGUCACAACCUGUGGUAAAAAGGAAACCUCUAAAAAAUUUAUUACUGGCAGCAUCCAUUCUUUUUACAGGUAAUAACUUUGCUGCCAUAAGUCGUCUGGCAUCAUGUUUUAACCUGCAAUUUUUCAGCGAAAGUGUCUUUUAUGACACCGAGCGUAAAUACCUGUUCCCUGUGGUGAAUGAGGCAUGGGAAGCAGAGAGUCAACGGCAGGUAGACAGACUGACUUCCAAGGAAGUUGUAAAUCUCGAUGGUGAUGGCAGGUGUGACAGCCCUGGCCACAGUGCCAAAUAUGGCACCUACACUUUAAUGGAUGAGGACUCUGGAGAUGUGGUUGCAUUCAAUGUUGUCCAGGUCUCAGAAGUCAGCUCAUCAAAUGCCAUGGAGAAAGAGGGCUUUUCUCGCUGUCUCCAAGACUUGGAGGAAAAGGGGAUCAUGAUUAAUAGGAUUGCUACAGACCGCCAUGUUUCCAUCAGCAGCAGCAUGAAGAAGGACUUCCAACAAAUCAACCUCCAGUAUGAUGUUUGGCAUCUCUCCAAGCGGGUGGUCAAAAAACUUACAAACAAAGCCAAACAAAAGGGUUGUGAGGAACUGGCCCCAUGGAUACAAUCCAUUCCCAAUCACCUUUGGUGGUGCGUGGCAACCUGCGGUGGGAAUGUGCAGCUUCUACGUGAAAAGUGGAAGUCUGUUUUAGAUCAUGUAGCAAACAAGCACAAGUGGUCAGGCAACACGCUCUUCCAUCAGUGUUGCCACCGACGUAUCUCUUCCUCUGAAGCUAAGCAAAUUUGUUGGCUUAAGCCAGGCUCACAAGCUCACAUAGCUUUAGAGGAAGUGGUACUGAAUAAAAAGCUUCUUAAAGAUCUGGCUAAACUAACUGACUUCUGUCACACUGGUAAAAUUGAGGUGUACCAUUCAAUGAUGCUGAAGUAUGCCUCCAAACGCGAGCAUUAUUCUUACCAGGGCAUGGUAGCUAGGACCCAGCUAGCGGCUCUAGACAACAAUGCUAACACUGGCCAUAAUCAAGGUGUGAGAAAGUCAGGUGAACGGGCAGGUGAGGCACGAUACAAGCUUUGCUUCCCAAAAGCAAAUAAAAGAUGGGUUGUCAAACCAAUUAAUGAGAAGAAGUCAUAUCAGUUCUUGUCAGACCUACUUUCAGAGGUGCUCAGUCGUGUUGAGCAGGGGAAUGCAGCCGCACAGCCACUUCAUCCACACCUACCAAGUAACAUUGCCUCAGAACCAGCACCUAGUAAAUCAGAUGCAAUACGCCAACAUCGUUCAAGAUUUAAUAGAUGA